UCCACUUUCCAGUUUCCUCAGCUGACUUGUUUAUUCUGAAUUGUCGUUCGUAGUGUCUCGCCCACCUAAAUCGGAAAAAAUGGUGGUGUCGGCGAAAAUAGCACCGUCGAUGCUGUCGUCGGACUUUGCCAAUUUGGCGUCUGAAGCCCAUCGCAUGAUCAAAGACGGCGCCGAUUGGCUCCACAUGGACAUCAUGGACGGGCACUUUGUCCCAAAUCUAACACUUGGUGCUCCGAUUAUUCAGAGUCUGAGAAAGCAUACAGAUGCAUAUCUGGAUUGUCAUCUUAUGGUCACGAAUCCUCUUGAUUAUGUUGAACCGUUGGCAAAAGCUGGCGCUUCGGGUUUCACAUUUCACGUUGAGGUAACCAGAGAUGAUUGGCAAGAGCUUGUCAGAAGGAUCAAGUCCAAAGGCAUGACACCAGGUGUGGCACUAAAGCCAGGAACACCGAUUGAAGAAGUUUUUCCUCUGGUGGAAGGUGAAACUCAUGUGGACAUGGUCCUCGUUAUGACUGUGGAACCUGGAUUUGGUGGACAGAAGUUCAUGCCAGAAACAAUGGAUAAGGUUCGCACACUGAGAAAGAAGUAUCCUUCACUAGAUAUAGAGGUAGAUGGUGGCUUAGGGCCUUCAACCAUUGACAUUGCAGCUUCAGCUGGAGCAAACUGUAUAGUUGCUGGUAGUUCAGUGUUUGGAGACCCCGAACCUGCCAAAGUUAUAUCCCUUUUGAGAACUAGUGUUGAGGAAUCUCAGAAAAAUUAGAUGAUGCUGGUAUAGGCAAGAUCACAAGUCGGUUGUCCCAAACUAUAUUUACAAAGUGUAUGUACAUCUAUGGUCUAAUUGAUGAGGUAAUAUUUGAAGCUUAAAUGAGUCUUACUAUUUGUCAAAUUCAUGUUGCUGUGUCCACUAGCAUUUCACUUGUAUACUAUCUCAAGUGUAAUAAUCCUCGCCAACUUAGUUUUAUUGCUUGAGGGUCUUUUAUUGAAUUUCACUAUGAUACUUAUUACAUCUUUUAUUUCUGAAGUCCAAAGACCUAUUCUGUGGCAAUAUCUCUUGAGUGAUAGAAACCCCUCUGUUUGUUAGACUUGAAUAUCAUGCAAUCUUUGUGCUGAUUUAAUGA